GGAAGGCGAAACACCAUUUGCCCAAAUGUAAACCUUGGCCAUGAGCUUAUAGUGAAGCACAUUGCUAGCCAAUUUCUAUACCUGUCGUUUUAGCCGUAUUUUUAAAUAUUUAUAUUUGUCUGUAACAGUUAAACUACGGGAUAUGGGAGUCCCCGCAUUUUUUCGUUGGCUGAGUAGGAAAUAUUCUUCCAUUGUUGUCCAUUGUGUUGAAGAGAAGUCCAAGGAAUGCAAUGGAGUACGUAUCCCUGUUGAUACCAGCAAGCCGAAUCCAAAUGAAGUGGAGUUUGACAAUUUGUACUUGGACAUGAAUGGAAUCAUUCACCCUUGUACACAUCCCGAGGACAAGGCUGCACCCAAGAAUGAAGAUGAGAUGAUGGUUGCCAUCUUUGAGUACAUUGAUCGUCUCUUUAACAUUGUGCGACCUAGAAGGGUUCUCUACAUGGCCAUUGAUGGAGUAGCCCCACGUGCCAAAAUGAACCAGCAGAGGUCCAGGAGAUUUCGCGCCUCCAAAGAAGGGGUGGAGUUAGUUGAGGAGAAAUCCCGCAUCCGAGAGGAAAUUCUUGGAAAAGGAGGGUAUCUUCCACCUGAUGAAAUUAAGGAGAGGUUUGACAGUAACUGUAUCACCCCGGGCACCGAAUUCAUGGAGAACCUUGCGAAGUGUCUUCGUUACUAUGUUGCCGACCGACUCAGUAAUGACCCAGGAUGGCGAAACAUCACGGUGAUUUUGUCUGAUGCAAGUGUCCCUGGAGAGGGCGAGCACAAGAUAAUGGACUACAUCAGACGCCAGAGAGCUCAGCCCCACCAUGACCCCAACACACACCACUGUCUUUGUGGAGCUGACGCUGACCUGAUCAUGCUGGGACUUGCCACCCACGAGCCCAACUUCACCAUCAUCAGAGAGGAGUUCAAGCCCAACCAGCCCAGGCCCUGUGCCCUCUGUGGCCAGAAAGGCCACGAGAUCAAAGACUGCCAGGGUGUGGCCAGGGAAAAGCAGGGCGAGCAUGACGAGUUUGCAGACAGUAUGCCGGCUUCUGAACAGGAGUUCAUCUUCAUCAGGCUGUGCGUUUUGCGUGAGUAUCUUGAACGAGAGCUGACGAUGGCCAGCCUGCCGUUUCCUUUUGACUUUGAGAGGAGCAUCGAUGACUGGGUCUUCAUGUGCUUCUUUGUUGGCAAUGAUUUCCUGCCCCACUUACCGUCUUUAGAGAUCAGAGAGGGUGCGAUUGAUCGACUGGUGGGCAUCUACAAAGACGUGGUUCACAAGACUGGGGGGUACAUCACAGAGAAUGGUUAUGUGAACUUGGAGCGUGUUGAGUUGAUCAUGCAGGCAGUUGGCGUGGCUGAGGACAACAUCUUCAAGAAGCGCAAAGAAGAUGAUGAGGGAUUCAAGCGAAGGAAUAAGGAGAAGAAGAAGAGAAUGAAGGCUCAGCAGCGGGGCCCAGCCUACCUGACCGGUGGCCAGUUUGCCCCCCAGGCCCUUGGCGGCAGAGGCAGACCCGAUGUUGUCCAGAACGCCCGGCACCAAGCCUUCGACAUGAGAAUGCAGGGCCGAGACCAGCACAACAGGGAUGCUGCGCAAUCCCUAAAAGCCAUGAUGAGGAAUGGUAGCCAGGCAGGUACCAGCGACGGACAGGACGGCCGGGGGGUGAAACGGAAAGCCGAGGACAGCGACAGCGAGCCAGAGCCUGAAGACAACGUCAGGUUGUGGGAGGACGGAUGGAAGCAGCGCUACUACAAGACCAAAUUUGAUGUGGACGCGACUGAUGAUGACUUCCGUAAGAAGGUGGUCAGGUCCUACGUGGAGGGUCUCUGCUGGGUGCUGCGAUACUACUACCAGGGUUGUGCCUCGUGGAAGUGGUUCUUCCCGUUCCACUAUGCCCCGUUCGCCUCAGACUUCAAGGACAUCAAAGGCAUGUUCACCGACUUCGAGCAUGGGACCAAGCCGUUCAAGCCCCUGGAACAGUUGAUGGGUGUGUUCCCAGCCGCCAGUGGAAAUUUCCUGCCUGAAACAUGGAGGUCACUCAUGAGCAAUCCAGAGUCCUCCAUCAUUGACUUCUACCCUGACGAUUUUGCCAUCGACUUGAACGGAAAGAAGUACGCUUGGCAGGGCGUGGCCCUUCUGCCCUUUGUGGACGAGCGCCGGCUGCGGGCGGCCUUGGCAGAUGUCUACCCCGAUCUGACGUCGGAGGAACUCAAGAGGAACAGCCUUGGCAGUGAUGUGCUGUUUGUGGGGAAGUCUCAUCCUAUCUGUGACUUCAUCCAGGAGCUGUAUCGGGGAGGAUCCAACGAUGUGGGCACUGAGAUGCCAGCAGAGCUAUGCCAUGGAAUUCAAGGUAUAUUAAAUCUUGACGAAGACCCCAUCCUGCCAGAGAAGCCAGUGCAGUCUCCCAUUCCCAUGCUUCGGGACAUAGCGCAUAACAGUGCCAUUGGAGUGAAAUAUAAGGACCCACAGUUCGAAGAGGACUUUGUGUUCAAGGCUGUCAUACUUCCUGGAGCCAAGCAUCCUGCGAAGGUGCUGAAGCCUGGAGAUUGGGAGAGGGGGAACAACCGUGGUAGGGGGAACUGGAGGCCCCAAUUGGGCUUCAACUCCAACAGGCAGCAGGUCCAUUUGGACCAGUCAGCCUUCAGGACCCUUGGUCACAGCAUAGACAGACAGCAGCAAGGAGGCGGGCAAUACAGCAACGCUCCACCCCCUGGCAGCUACCACCAGGGGAACUACAGCCGCCCCCCCCACAGCGCUGGCUGUGGUCAUGUCCCUGCCUUCCCACAUUCCAGGCAGCAUGGUCUUUUAGGGGCCCCUCCCCCAUACAACCCCCAGCAACAAUAUCCAAGACCUCAGCCUGGUGGUGGUGGAGGUGGUGGCGGCCACGGCUGGAACCGAGCGAUGCAGUCCCAGGGAUCUGCCUACCAGCAGAACAUGCAAAGAGGCCAUGCCGGGGGCCACUCCGGGGCCCAGGGCAGCUUCCACCAGCCACGUGGUCACGACGACCGACGACAGGACCGCCGCGACGUCCGCGGAGGACAACAGCAGGGGUUCAACUCUGGACGAAAUUACCCAUUGCCACCUCCAGCCAGAAGAUACAAUUGGAGUUAAAUUCAGACCAAUAGGCUGAAAACAAAUUAUACUUUUUUUUUCUGCUGUUCUUGUAUUUUUCAGGUUGUCUACUUGUAUAAUGUUUUCUUUUAAUUCCACAAUAUGUUCUUAUGUAAUGAAUUUUUAAGGAGUACUGCCUGUAAAUCUUGCGAAAUACAAGUAAGUCUAAAGA